GAAUAACGAAUAUCCAAUAGCUAAUUUGGGCACAUCACACACAUGUAUGCGGUAACGGUAGGCUCACGGAAAAUGCGGUCGAAAUAGCUAAAUCGUCAGUGUUUAUAUGAUUCUAUUUGUGUUGCGAUGCUCAACGAUGAUGAUGAUGAAGCUGCUGCUGUGGCUGCUGUAUAGUGCGCGCGAGUUUAAAAAUAAAACAACGAAGUGUCUUAUGAUUCAGAACGAUAGUGUGCCGAGCACUGCGACUCGACUUUUUUUUCCGUAUGAGUUGUCAAAGUGAAAUUUAGUUUGCCGAAAAAUCACAGCGGAAAUUGUUCUUGUUAUAGAAAAUUUUAUAAAUUUUAUUGCUGAAAAUGGCUCCAACACCUGUUCAAACCGAGGCAUAUUCGCUCAAGGAACUGGAAUUGAUGGCUAAACUCAAGGCACUCGAAGAAGAUCGGAUUAAAUUCGUUGAAAUUGUUCGCGGCAAAGUGAAGAAGUUGGAAAACGAGCUUGUGGCUAAAACGGAAGAAUGCGUACGUUUGUCCGAAAGAAACAAAGAAUUGGAGGGAAUUAUGAAAGAUCUAUCAGCAUUCAGUGGCAAAGGAAAGAAUAAAUCCGAUGAUGACGACACACUCACCCGUGCCAAGGAGCUACUGUUUGAGAAGACGAAAAUUUGCAAGAAACAAGAAUUACAAUUGGAGGCACUCAAUAACCAAAUCGAAGCAAAUAAAGAUGUGUUGGAUAUUACAAAGGAUAUGCUGAACUUGAAAAACAUCGAAAACGACCACAUGCAAUCGCGAUUGGACUCAAUGAAACUACGAGUGAAGAGUGAAAAUGAUCGAUUCUUACUGACGGAGAAGAAAUUGAAUUUGGCCAAACAAAAAGAGAUCGCAUUGACGAAAGAAUACGAGACACAACGGAAUAUCUUCAAAGACCUGAAAGAGACAUACGAGGCCAAAGUCAACAUCUUGACCAAACAAGUGGAAACUCUGAAACAGAAGAAAUAAUACCAACACCCCACCGCAUACCAAAAGAAUUA